AUGGUCUGGGCAGCGCGCAAACCGGAAGAGCCCGCGCGGUGUCUGCGGACGAGGGGAGGGGAGGGGAGGGGAGAGUUCCGAUCCGCGCUCUCUCCAGUCCGCUUUCUCCCGCUCCCCAGGAGAGUUAAUUCGAGACACAGCGUUUCCUCCACGUACGCCGUAGAGGCCGGGCGAACAGAGCUUGCGCUGCACCACAGAGAAGCAGAGGGAGGCAUGCGGUCGGAAGACGGCCGAGCGCGUGCGCGGGCAAGCUGGGCACAUGCGGCAGAGAUGGUGGCGCUCGUUGACGAGUCCUGUGAAGGCAAGCAUGUGGACGGUCCGGGCGCGCGAUAA